AUGGCACCAAAAGUCCUCGUCGUCCUCAGCUCCCACGACAAGCUCGGUUCCACCGGUCACCCAACCGGCUGGUAUCUGCCCGAAUUCGCCCACCCCCACGAAGUCCUCCACGACAAGGUCUCCCUAACAAUCGCCUCACCAAAAGGCGGCGAAGCACCCCUAGACCCGUCAUCCGUACAGGCAUCCGAGUCAGACGAAGUCUCGCAGACGUUCCUGAAAGAGCAAAAAGCCCUCUGGACGAACACGCACAAGUUGGCGGAUGUACUCCCUCGCGCGGGCGAGUUUGAUGCGCUCUUCUAUGUUGGUGGUCACGGACCAAUGUUCGACCUAACCGAGGACCCCACCUCCCUGGCUCUAAUCCAGGCCUUCGCCGUAGCCAACAAGCCCGUCGCGGCCGUCUGCCACGGUUCCUGCGUGCUACUAAACGCCAAAGCGCCCUCCGGCGUCCCGCUCAUCUCCGGCGUUAGCGUGACCGGGUUCUCGAAUGACGAGGAAGAUGCCGUGAACCUUUCUGCUGCGAUGCCGUUUAUGCUGGAGACGGAGUUGGGUCGUGUUUCUGGUGGGAAGUAUGUUAAGGCUGCGGAGCCUUGGGGGGAGAUGGUUGUUGUUGGCAAGGCGGCUGAGACCGGGUCGACUAUUAUUACCGGGCAGAAUCCUGGGUCUGCGACUGCUGUUGGAAAGGCGAUUUUGAAGGAAUUGGGGUUGUAG